GCAAUAGCAUUCAAUGAACAGGGACCAGCAUCCAAACUCGUUCCACGUCCUUGGCUACGUGGUGGACCCCACCGACGUACUUCUGUAUUUUCUGGCUUUCAUCUUCCCGCCGGUUCCAGUUUUCCUCCGGAAAGGCUUUUGCAGCAGCGAGUUGCUUAUUGUCGUCCUUCUCACCAUCUUGGCACAUCUUCCGGGUCUCCUCUACGCAGUGUACGUAGUUUAUGACACGAGCUUGGUGACUGGCUCAGAUCAAGGGGUUGAGUCGAGAAUCAGAGCCCGUGCAAAUGGCAAUGGAGAGUACCAGGCCCUUGAUGAAGAUACGGAAGCUCAGCCUCAGAACGUUGUCUCUCCUACCCCACAACGUCCAGCGGCUCAAUUUUACUACGACGAUUCCGUUCCGGAUACUCCUCGUGAAGAAGUUGCGCAAGAAUCUUCCUCGCAGCCUCCAAGUUACAGUGACGCCAUCAAAUAUUCUGUUUCGCCACCUCCUGUUGGAGACCACAAAGAAAGUUCUCUGCCACGUAACUUGGACCCCUCUCUGCAUCCAUUUGAGCGGGCGCGAGAAUACACAAAGGCGUUGACGGCCACUAAGCUCGAGCGCAUGUUUGCACAACCAUUCAUAGGACAACUAGGCAACGGACAUCGUGACGGUGUGUACUCAAUUGCCAAGAACUUCCGCAGUGUUAAUAAGAUUGCCACCGGGUCUGGAGAUGGUGUUAUCAAAUAUUGGGAUCUAACAACAAGGGAUGAGUUGUACAGUUUCAAGGCUCACUAUGGUAUGUGUUCUGGGCUAGUUGUCACCCCAACCCACAAGCUUUUAUCUUGUGGACAUGACAAGACGAUCAAACUAUGGAAAGUUUACAGCGAGGAUUUUGAAAAAGAAGAGAACGAGUCGGAGUCCAGUACCCAGGGCCUGGAAAAGACUUUCUUGGGUGAGCAUGCAUUCCAGUCUUUGGAUCAUCAUUACAGCGAUAAUUUGUUUGUCACCGGUGGAGCCACCAUCAACUUAUGGGAUGUGAACAGAAGUCGUCCAGUGUCUGAUCUGUCGUGGGGAGCAGACAAUAUCACCGCUGUCAGAUUUAAUCAGACCGAAACAUCUGUGUUUGCUAGUGCUGGCUCGGACAACUCCUUAAUUCUGUAUGAUAUCCGCACAAAUUCGCCUACGCAAAAGAUAAAAACCAGCAUGCGCUCGAACUCGCUUUGUUGGAAUCCAAUGGAGGCGUACGUUUUUGCAUCCGCCAGUGAGGAUCACAACGCAUACUUAUGGGAUAUGAGGAACAUGUCGCGUUCUAUUAAUAUCUUCAAAGACCAUGUUUCUGCAGUGAUGGACGUUGAUUUUUCGCCUACAGGUCAAGAGAUCGUGACAGGAUCAUACGACAAAACGAUUAGAAUUUUCGGGUACAGAAAGGGGCACUCGAGAGACAUUUAUCACACGAAAAGAAUGCAACAUGUCUUUAUCACAAAGUUUUCGAUGGAUAGUAAGUACAUUUUUUCGGGGUCUGAUGAGGGCAACGUGCGGCUUUGGCGUGCCAAGGCCAACGAAAGAGCAGGUCCGAAGUCCACGAGACUCAGAAACAAACUGGAAUACGACGAAAAAUUAAAGGAGAGAUAUGGUAACAUGCCGGAGAUCAGAAGAAUACAGAGACACAGACAUCUCCCUGCAGUGGUCAAGAAAGCAGGAGAAAUCAAGAGAAUCGAGAUUGAGAGCCAGAAGCGUCGUGAGAACAACGAGCGCAGACACUCCAAGAACAAACAAUACAAGAGCGAAAGAGAAAAGCAUAUUGUUGGUCAGGUGCACAAACAAUAG